AUGCCUUGUGACAACUUUGACCGGAGUCAUUUUCCAGGAGAACCAGAGCCGUUCCCUUUGAGUGGAAACUUAUGUCACACCUGCAAAAGUGAACAGCGGAUGCACGGAGAUGAAACGACAGAAAACGGCGGAGCUGAACAAGCAGAGGUCGAGUGGUUUCUUGUCUACCUGGACGAACGUCGGGUGCAUGGGAGCAUCUUUGGUGCUGCUCUGGAUGCCCUGAGACAGCUGAUGGAGAGAGUGACAGCUGCAGGCCUGAAGCUGCACCCUGAUAAGUGCCACAUAGUGAGAAGGGAGGUGGAGACUCUGGGCCACAAGAGUGUGUUUUUGCAGUUGACUUGUGUAGAUCUGAAACAUAUUUUGCGUUUUCAGCCCAUGGAGGGGAUGAAUGACAAGUCAAUGGCAGAGGCAAUGCACUUUGGUCACAUGAAAGGUGUGGGGAUGAGGUCUCUCCAUAGUGGCAUGGGACCUCCACAGAGUCCUAUGGACCAGCACAGCCAAGGGUACAUGUCCCCCCACCCGUCCCCAAUGGGAGUCCAUGAGCACGCUUCAAGUCCCAUGUCAGGAGGCGGAGGUGGACCUACACCACCACACAUGCCCCCUGCCCAGUCAGGCCCUAUGAUGUCAAUGGAUCCCCAAGGAGGCAUGUCCAACAUGUCCAACAUGUCCAACAUGGGUCAGCAGGUGAGGGGGUCAUCUGCUUUUAGUCCAGUACAGCUGCAGCAGCUCAGAGCUCAGAUUCUGGCCUACAAGAUUCUGGGUCGUGGGCAGCCGCUACCGGAAAACCUUCAGCUGGCCGUUCAAGGUAAAAGGAGCCUACCCACAAUGCAACAGCAGCAGCAGCAACCACAACAACAGCCGCAGCCGCAGGCACCAAGUGCCAGUCCUUACAACAGGCCUCCAGGUAUGCCAAUGGCACCUAUGGGGGGUCCCCAGUCGAGUCCCUGCCCAGCCCCGGCCAUGCAAGUACACAAUCAAAGCACAGGACCCAAGCCUUGGGCCGAUGGUCAGUGUGCUGAAAAUCAAACCAUUGCACAGAAGCAGCUCACUCCUGUUGCUAGUGGUCGCCCCUCUCCUGCACCACCUCAGGCCUCUGCUGUGCCAGCCGGGCCCAUGCCGGGCAGUUCGGGGACCCCUCAGCCUCCCGGGCAGCAGGGCUCCGUAAUGCUCCCGAUACAGCACAAGCAGAACCGCGUCACGCCUAUCCAGAAGCCCCAGGGCUUGGACCCAGUGGGAAUCCUGCAGGAGAGAGAAUACAGACUGCAGGCUCGGAUCGCGCAUCGAAUCCAGGAACUGGAAAGUCUGCCAGGCUCGCUGCCUCCGGACCUCAGGACUAAAGCCACAGUGGAGCUCAAGGCUCUGCGUCUGCUCAACUUCCAGCGUCAGCUGAGGCAGGACGUCGUGGCCUGCAUGAGACGAGACACGACCCUGGAGACGGCGCUCAACUCGAAGGCUUACCGGCGCAGCAAGCGGCAGACGCUGAGGGAGGCACGCAUGACCGAGAAGCUGGAGAAGCAGCAGAAGCUCGAGCAGGAAAAGAAGCGCAGGCAGAAACAUCAGGAAUAUCUCAACAGCAUCCUCCAACAUGCCAAGGACUUCAAAGAGUAUCACCGCUCCGUGUCCGGUAAGAUGCAGAAGCUCACCAGAGCCAUCGCCACCUGGCACACCAACACGGAGCGCGAGCAGAAGAAGGAGACGGAGAGAAUCGAGAAGGAGAGGAUGAGGAGACUCAUGGCAGAAGACGAGGAAGGGUACCGAAAACUGAUCGAUCAAAAGAAAGACAAGCGUCUGGCCUACUUGCUGCAGCAGACGGAUGAAUAUGUGGCCAACCUCACCACCCUGGUGUACGAACACAAAGCUGCUCAAGCUGCCAAGGAGAAGAAGAGGAGGCGGAAGAGAAAGAAGAAGGUGGAUGGCGAUGGUGAAGGCACUAGCGCAAUUGGACCCGAUGGAGAGCCCAUGGAUGAAAGCAGCCAGAUGAGUGAGCUGCCUGUCAAAGUGAUUCAGACUGAGACCGGGAAAGUUUUGCAGGGAACCGAGGCCCCAAAAUCCAGCCAGCUGGAGGCUUGGCUCGAGAUGAACCCCGGGUCUGAGCUCCCGGGGUCAGGCUUCAAAAUUAAAUUUGUAAGCUGGUUCAGUUUGAGUUAGAAUACUUUCAAAUGCUCUGUCUCUGUCAGGUCGGCCAAGCAGGAUGUGGAUGAUGAGUACAGUGUUCCUACUGGCCAAACCAGCUCCCAGUCUUACUACGGCGUGGCCCACGCUGUCAUUGAGAGGGUGGAGAAGCAGUCGUCGCUGUUGAUCAAUGGGAUGCUCAAACAGUACCAGAUCCAGGGGCUCGAGUGGAUGGUGUCCUUGUACAACAACAAUCUCAACGGCAUCUUGGCUGAUGAAAUGGGGCUCGGCAAAACCAUCCAAACCAUCGCCCUUAUCACCUACCUGAUGGAGCACAAGAGGAUCAACGGUCCCUUUCUCAUCAUCGUUCCUCUCUCGACCUUGUCUAACUGGGUCUAUGAGCUCGACAAAUGGGCUCCGUCUGUGGUUAAAAUUGCUUACAAGGGCACCCCUGCUUUGCGUCGUGGGCUGGUGCCUCAGCUCCGCAGCGGGAAGUUCAACGUCUUGCUGACCACCUAUGAAUACAUCAUCAAAGACAAGCAUAUACUGGCUAAGAUUCGCUGGAAGUACAUGAUCGUUGACGAGGGUCACCGCAUGAAGAACCACCACUGCAAACUGACACAGGUGCUGAACACGCACUACGUGGCCCCCCGUCGACUGCUCCUCACUGGGACUCCUCUGCAGAACAAGCUGCCCGAGCUGUGGGCGCUGCUCAACUUCCUGCUGCCCACCAUCUUCAAGUGCUGCAGCACCUUCGAGCAGUGGUUUAACGCACCCUUCGCCAUGACAGGAGAGAGGGUCGACUUAAACGAGGAGGAAACCAUCUUGAUCAUCCGGCGUCUGCACAAAGUGCUCCGCCCGUUUCUCCUGCGCAGGCUGAAGAAAGAGGUGGAGUCUCAGCUGCCAGAGAAGGUGGAGUACGUCAUAAAGUGCGACAUGUCUGCCAUACAGAAGGUUCUGUACCGCCACAUGCAGAAAGGCAUCCUCCUCACUGACGGCUCAGAGAAAGACAAGAAGGGCAAAGGUGGAGCAAAGACCUUAAUGAACACCAUCAUGCAGCUGAAGAAGAUCUGCAACCACCCGUACAUGUUCCAGCACAUUGAAGAAUCCUUUGCAGAACACUUGGGCUAUCCAAACGGCAUCAUCAGUGGGCCUGAUCUGUACAGAGCAUCUGGGAAGUUUGAGCUCCUCGAUCGCAUCCUGCCGAAGCUCCAGGCCACCAACCACAGAGUGCUGCUGUUCUGCCAGAUGACCACUCUCAUGACAAUCAUGGAGGACUAUUUCGGAUACCGCAACUUUCAGUACUUGCGUCUUGACGGAACCACCAAGUCCGAGGACCGAGCAGCACUGCUGAAGAAAUUCAACGAGGAAGGCUCUCAGUACUUCAUCUUCCUCCUGAGUACCAGAGCCGGCGGCCUCGGCCUCAACCUGCAGGCUGCUGACACCGUGGUCAUCUUCGACAGUGACUGGAACCCUCACCAGGAGGAAGAUGAGGUGCCUGAUGAUGAAACUCUGAACCAGAUGAUAGCCCGCAAUGAGGAUGAAUUUGAGCUCUUCAUGCGCAUGGACAUGGACCGGCGCAGGGAGGAUGCUAGGAACCCAAAGCGUAAGCCUCGCCUAAUGGAGGAGGACGAGCUGCCUUCUUGGAUCAUCAAAGAUGACGCCGAAGUGGAGCGGCUCACCUACGAAGAGGAGGAGGAGAAGAUGUUUGGUCGAGGGUCUCGCUGCCGUCGGGACGUGGACUACAGCGACACGCUGACUGAAAAACAGUGGCUGCGGGUAAAAACGUGUUUCGUUAUCAACAUGUCAGCCUCGGUCUCCACGCUGCAGCCACGUCUGUCCCCCAACCCGCCCAAACUCACCAAGCAAAUGAACACCAUCAUUGAUACAGUGAUCAACUACAGAGACGGCUCUGGAAGGCAACUCAGUGAAGUGUUUGUCCAGCUUCCAUCCAGGAAGGAACUCCCAGAAUAUUACGAACUGAUCCGAAAACCUGUGGACUUCAAAAAAAUCAAGUUUUUAUUCUCAAACAUGCUGUGUUCACGUUUCUCCCGUGUUUCAGCCAAGUCGGUGCGGGUAAAGAUCAAGCUGAGCAGGGAGGCGCGCGGCCACGACAAAGGCAAGAAGAGGCAGAGCCGAGGGAAGGCCAAGCCGGUGGUCAGUGACGACGACAGCGACGAGGACCAGGAUGAUAAUGAUCAAUCAGACAAGAGCAAAAGUGAUGACGAGUGACGAAGGAGAAGCAAGGGCGCGAGGAUAUUGUUUACAGCACUUAGAAACAAAGGACAAUAUCUUCCAUUGCUGUUGUUCAGGUUCAUGUUCCUUAAACGUUGCUCCGUGUGU